AUGGGUGACGCAUCAAAAACUUUUUUCAUUCCCAUGCUUAGUGGAAAAAAAAUUUGGCGUAACAAAUUACACAAAUAUUUGAUCCGCGAGAGACCCGACGACAAGAUCUUCAAUGAGAUAGGAAAAGAUUCUUUAAACGUCUACCAACCGACUACAAAUGGAUUCUCGUCUUUGUAUCUCGCAAUUGCUUAUAAUAGAGAAAAUAUCAUUCAAAAAUUGAUUGAAAUUUAUGAGAAUGACCACAAUUUUCUUGUGCAGAGUGGCUACAAUGCCGAUAUAGCCGUGUUAAUUGCUUUUGGAGUUGACGAAUGUAAGUUUGUCGAAGACAAAUUAGCACAGUUUACAAAUGAAGUUGAAGAUGGAAACAAAAAGUUUCUAAUCCUAAUGAAACAAAGCAAUGAACACGAUCCAACAGUUAAAACAAUCUCAACUAAAAAUGAUGAAGAACAAAAAUUAUUUCUAAAUAUUGUUGAACGACUUCAUGGAAAUGGAACAUUCGAUGUGAAUAUUUUACAUUUGGCUGCAUUUCAAGGAAUGGUUUGGCUGAUUGAGAAAUUGAUUGCACUUGGUGCACAACUGGAAAAGAGUGAGUUUCAAGAGAAGUCACCCUUUGAACUUGCAUGCAUCAACCACCAACUUGAAACAGUUAAAUGGAUGAACAAAACAUUCAAACCAGAUCUUUUGAAGUUUAUGGCCGAAGGAUCUGCUUUAUUCAACAUCGCGGGUUAUGGAGCGUUUGAAGUUUUCGACUACAUCAUGUCUGAAAUAAAAAAGUAUGAUGGCGAGGAACAUGUCACUGAAAUAUUUGGCAGAAAAACUGAAUAUAGUGGAUUUAAUAUUCUGUUACAAGCAAUAACUUGCAAUCAAUGUGACUUCGUGAGUAAAUGCUUAAAAUAUGAACCCGAUCUCUUCUUUGCUGAUGUAAACAACUGCAAUAUAAUGCAUUUAUUGUUAACACAUUACAACGUCGAUCGUGAGCUUGUCAGAACAAUCAUAAAGAAGCAACCAAAUCUUCUAGUCAUAGAGAAUUCCAACCAAUGGAUUCCCCUUCAUUACCUCGCUAAUAACAAUUACCUUGAAGAGCUUAAAGAUGUUUAUCAGAAGUUUCCAGCUUAUAAAAAUUGCUUUUUCAAGAGCUUUGCUGACACACCAACAGCUAUUAAGGAAAAGGAAAAGAUUUGGUGUGAAACGCCAGGACAUUCAGCAUUUCGUGAUGUUGUGAGUGGUGGACAUAAAGAAGCAGCUGCUUUCAUUAUUGAAAAUCAUCCCGAUGAAUUUGAAUCAGCUUCUUAUAUUUCUAGUCUUGUUGUGAUUCUAAUUCAAACUGGUGCAUCUUUGGAAUUCUUCAAAAUGCUUCAAAAACUCAAAUUUUUUGACAUCAACGUUCCUGAUGAGAAUAAAAAUUUUCAACUUUUAAUUGCUUUGAGUUUUAAAAAGUUUGAUUUAUUCCAAUACAUGAUUGAGUCAUGCAACGUCAAGGACUUGAAUAAGAUAAUUGAGCCUUAUACGCAAUACAAUCUUCUACAUCAUUCAAUUCAUAAAGUUAUUCCUGACGUAGCUCCAACUCCUUAUACAGAAUGUUGUUCUCUUCCGAAAAUUGAAAAUGACUCAUCAGAUGAUGACGUGGAAUCAACAAAUGAAGCACCAGCAACAACACAACUUCCUGAUGAAAUGAAAAACCUGCAGCAGAUUCAUGAAGCUGAGAGACGAGAAGAGAAAAAAUUAAUGCAGAAAAUUUUCAUGGAUUUAUUAAAACGUGGAGUUGACUACAAGCAUCGUGCACAUCAACGAAAAACUCUUCUACAUUUUGCUUCUGAAUGUGACAACGACGAAGUUGUACGUGAACUUGUGAAAUUAGGAUUGAAAGUUGAUGAGAUUGAUGAUAAUGGAGACACACCAUUGCAUCAUGUGAAAUCUGCUGAAGUAUUUAAAAUAUUGAUGGGAAAUGAAUUGAAACCUGAUUUAGUGAAUUUAAAGAACUCACGGGGAAGAACGCCAUUCAUAAAUUUUGUCUCAACCUUUGGACAGGAUAAAGUUCCGUUUGAUUUCUUCUGCGAAUUCAUGAAACAUGAACCAGAUGUCAAUACUUCAGAUAACAUUGGCUACAAACCAAUUCAUUCUGCUUUUACAGAAGAUUGGGUGAAACUUUUGAUGGAUCGUGGUGCAAAUGUGAAUGUAACUAACAAUAUAGGAGAGAAUUUAGUUCACAUUGCAUUGAGAUGUCAAAGAUGGGAAGUUGCAAAGUUUUUAUUGCAACAUACCGACAUUGAUCGCUUUGCAGUUACGAAUGACGACGUCUCAUACAUUGGAUUCUUCACAAUGGGCAGCACUAUUUAUAAAGAGGUAUUUGAUGGCGAUUUACGAUCUGUUUUCAACGAACUCGUGGAUAAAUAUAUCAAUGGAAAAACUGUUUAUGGAGGUCUUGUAAUUAAUAUUUUCAUUGGAAAUUCUGAUCUGAAAAGAAUCAUGCAUCCCAAAGCCGAUCUUCAUCUUCGAGAAGCUGAUGGUCGUAGUUGCCUUCACGAAGCUAUCACGUGCAAAGCCAGUUUGGAAGUUAUCAAAAUAUUGGCCGAUAAAGGUGUGGAUAUCAACGCAGUAAAUGAAAACGGUUUCACUCCACUUAUGUAUUCAAUUGAUAGCGAUGCAAAUGACAUCUCAUCAUACUUCAUCGAUCAAAGUAACAUCCAGUUAAACCUCACGAAUUCUUAUGGGUGGACUGCCUUGCACUUUGCCGCUUCUUCUGGAAAUGCACAAAUCAUUUGUAAACUUUUGGCAGCUGGCGCUGAUCCAAAGAUUGUUAACAACGAAAGUAAAACAUUUUAUGAUUUGUUGAAAGAUUUUGAUAAGAAAUUGUUCUGUUCUUAUUCAGAGUCAUCUUCUUAA